AUGCAAGAACUACAACAAAAAACUAAUGAAAUUCUCCAAGAAGAAAUUAGGAGAGCAAUCGAAGAAAAAUUAAGUCGGUUCACUUUUCCCUGCCCUCAUUGUCAGAAACAUAUAGAAGAAAAAGAUUUCGGCAAAGAACAACAGGCCUUCCAUUUUAUUAAUGGAAUA